AUGACAACAAAUUCACCUGUCAUUCCGUGCCUUUUGCUGACUUUAAGUCGCAGCAUUGCCGAAAAAGACCCCAAUACUCUUCAUAUUUUCGAUUGUUUCGAAAAAUUGACGCUUCAAUGCCUAACAACGCCGCUUGUGGAGCCAUUUUUAUCUGAGAUUUUGGUUUUUGGCGCGAAAACUGUCGUAAAUCUUGAUGCCGAGCCCAUAAUUCGUCACAAAAUCUUCAUUUUCAUGAAAAAUUUCUACGAAAAUCACAUGGAGAUGGUGCUGCGAUUGAAUCUUUUGGAACAAACGAUCAAUAAUCUCGCUUGGAUGUUGUCAACAGUGCCAAAAAUUGAAGAAAUUGACUUUUUUGAUCAACCAUCAACUUGCGAUUUGCCGCCAUUUUAUUGCGUAAGAGAGAUAACGCGUACGAUUCUCGCAAAAGUUCCGUUAGAUCAGUGGUUUGCGUUGCUGGAUUUGAUGUUUUGUUGCAAUCCAGGCAAUAUUUAUGCCAAAAUUUUCUAUUAUUUUUGCUUUGGAUUGUGUGAUCAGGUUUUUCCCGCGAAUGAAAAGUGGUUAAACAAUCCAGACUUGACAGAUAUCUCUAAAGAAGUGCGAAACGCCGCAUUUUUCGCCUUUUGUAACUUGGCAAUGCUUUGUCGGGACAAGCCAUGGAACGCUUUGAAGGUUAUUCCGAUACUUUUGACGAAAAUCGAAGAGUUGAUCAAGAGUGAUCAGCAAAAACGAGCGGAAAUUUCAAAAGUUUUCAACGUUCUUGAAGCUUAUAUCACGGAAUUGCACUCUUAUUUGCCGUAUUUGUUCAUUUUGAUGCCAAUUUUGAUCAAAGCGAUGCAUCCGGAGAACUCGUUGCAUUUACGUGCGAUAGCUUUCAAGGUAGCCGGAACCAUUUUUUGUAAAGAUUUGUUCCAAAAUGACUCUAUCAUGACUCCAUGGUUGCCAAAUCUCGUGGAUUUACUGAAAACCGCUUUGACGGAUUUCCAUAUUUCGACUCCAGAUGCGAAAAUUUUGAGAAAAUUUGCAUCUGAGACAUUACAUUUGCUCAUAAGAAUCAUGUCGGAUGACCAAAAAAUGAAAUUUUUAGCCAAUUCUGAUAUGGUCGGGAUGGCAUUCAAGAUGAUGCGUUGCGAAAAUGAGCCACAAGUGAAAAAUUCGGGUUUCAUGUUGCUUGAAAGAAUCUCCAAAAUGCUCCAUUUGACGAAUAUUUCGCAAGAAUUUCAAUUGUUGUUCAAGCAAAUUCUUAUCUGGAUGAGAAAUGAAGUGAAAAAUGACAAAAUUACGGAAAAUGAAAGAGAAAUGGCUCUUUACCUGUUAUUUUUUCUCGAUAAUGCUGUCGAAUCCAACAUUUUAGACGAUCAAGAAUUCGUGCAAAAGAUCAGUUUGCUAAUUUUGAAACGUUUUAACAUGCACUGUUUCAAUUGCGUCUUUCCAUGGUUUAUCAAAAAGGUUGAGAAUGUUGCAAAUUCACGGACAAAUGAAAUUUUGACGAAUUUCUUCAAGCAACUUGAUCAAUGCGAAAUGCAAAAAUUUCGAAAUAUGUCGCCAAAGCAUUAUGACGCGUUUUUUGAGACUUUUGUAUCGAUUUUCAAAAAGCGGAAGGAGGUUUUGUUUCCUGUGAUGGAAAAAAUUACUGCCUUUGGAUUGUAUGUCAUCGAGAAGCAGAAGUAUCAAACAGCAGGAACUCGACGAAUUAUUGGAAAAUUUGUGGGAAAAGUGGCUAAACAUCAUCCUCGCAAAUUUGAAGGAGCUCUCAAAAUGAAUUAAAAUGUUUUUUUUUUUUGUACUUUAUUUUCGUAUCCAU